AUGAAGCUCUCCACCGUCGCGUUCUUUCUGUUGGCGUGUCUUACUAGUCAAGUCAGCGCCGAGUCGGAUGUCCUCGACAAAGUGCAAUUGUUACUGAAUGGUGAUCGUGAAAGGGAGCUGAAAGGUUUUAAUAUUCCCAAACCUACUCCCGCAGAGGCACCUCAUCCUGCACCGACUCCAAAGGCCCCAACCUACAUUACAGGUGCGCCUUCACAUUCACGUCAGGACCAAGAUUACACACUGGUGGAGUUCCAUUGA